AUGAUGACCAGUGGUGGUGCGUCUACAUGCGCAGGAGUUUCUCUAGAAAGUCCCGCAAGUCAGUUGCGUUCGAGCAGAGCACAUCUUGCAUACAAAUCGACAACGAUCCUUUAUAUCUGUUUGAUUUGACGUAACAUGUCCACCUACCUAUGUCCCGUCAUUUGAUUUGUAUACUUUGAGAAAGCAAGUAAGUUUGAAACCUUAUAUCCGCGAUAAUAUAUACUAUAAUAUAGCACAAUGAAAGAGAUCGUUUUGUUUUUGUUUGUGGCCAGCUGCAGUGUAACCUCAUCAUUAGGUCAUGGAAAAAGUAUUGGUUUGUGGAACAAUGAUGACAACGUUAUGGAUGUUACUGAUUUCUCUGUUUAUUAUGAUUUAAAUACAAAUGAGACAAUACGACGGAUGAUGCCAAGACCCUGGUACAAACCUGGAUGGUUCAUACGUCUUCCGUUUAUGGGUGGCCCCUGCCAAUGUAAAGAGUUGAAAUGUACCUGCUGUACUGGAAUUAGACUACAAGCGUUUAACUAUGAUAGACGCACAUGUACCAUUAUAGAGUAUGAACCCGAAGAUUCGAUGUUCACGAUGGAAGUCCAAAUGAGCAACGUCACUGUGUAUCAAAGAAUGUUCUCAGCUCGUAAUGCGCCGCCCUUCUGUAUUCCUAUCCCUGUGCCCUAUUUACCGCCGGGUCUAGUUGAUAUGUGCAUAAGACUCUUCGAUAUAUCAGUUGUGGAUCAAAAGUUCCAUGUGUGCAUGGAUAUGGAUACACGGAUUGACAAAGCGCCCGUUUUGAUUCUUCAUUGGGAUUGUAUGGACAUGGGCCCAGGUGGAAUCGGUUUGUCAAAACCAUCAAACAAUAAUAACAUCGCAUCUGUAUCCACCGGUGAAGCCACUACUACACCGGAGCCGCCGCAAAUUGAUAGCGACGUGUUUGAUCCCGUCAACGCAGACAGAGAAACAACAACAAAUGCAGUAUUCCGGAAUAGCAUUAAAUAUAUAUAAUUAAUA